GUCCCCGCUGUGGGGGCAAGGACGAGCGAGGGGCUGAGGUACCUCGGUCUCCAGGGAUGGGGCAUCCACAACGUCCUUGGGCAGCCUGUUCCAGUGCGUCACCACCCUCUGGGUGAAAAACCGAGGACUGUUUCAGUGGUGAGGCUGGUGACGAGUGGUGUCCCUCAGGGGUCCAUCUUGGGACCAGUGCUCUUCGACAUCAUUUUCAGUGACACGGCAGGAUUGAGCGUCCCCUCGGCAGCUGACACAACAAAUGGAUGGGACAGCAUCCACAGGGACCUGGACACGCUCGAAAAGUGCUGUGCUUGAAAAAGGGAACAUUGCUAAAGCAAGUGUUUGCUCUCAGCCGAGCAGCAACACCCAGAGAAAGUUGUCUGUGUGCUGCAGGUGAUGCACUUGUGGAUUUCCACAGACACUACAGAUCCCGUCCUACACAUGGCAUUGGGAAGUAUAAACAUUUGCUCCCAAAGGAGGUUCCAAAGAGAAAAAGGGGUAGAGUACAGAUGAAAGAGAUAAAUGUUGGGACUGAACAUGAGUACGGAGAUAUUAACAUCCAGAUGACUUCCUAUGAUAUGUGUCUCGUGGAGCACUUCGCUCAAUAUGUUCAUAAACUCUGCAACCAGUUGUCCAUUAGAGUGAAUGAAAGCUAUGCGAUGCCCACCAAAACCAACGAAGUGCUGUUCAUGGAAGAGCGAGGCUCCAAAAUGCAGGUGGAUGCAGUCCUCACCACCCACCAGAGGGUUGUCCAGAUCAGCAGAUUGAGCUCAACAUUUGCUCCAAUACUCUUGGAAAUUAUUCAGAGUAAUCAGCCUGAAGGGGUCCAUCUGUUAAUGAAAGAGCACACAGAAACUGACUUCAAGAGCCGACUGAAGUCCCGACCAGAACUUGAAGAGCUGCUGGCCCAGGUGAGCUGAGUUGUUGGAGAGCACUGUCCAUUUCAGAGCCAUCCCUGGGAGCAUGAGGCCGAUCUUCCUCAGCUGCUCAAGCCUCCAGAAAGUUGACUUUGUGAGCUCUGUACUGACAGGGACAAAUUUCCAUCAUCUUGAAGCAUCUCAUCUUAAUAAGGACAAAUACAUAUGUUUGUAUCUGA